CUCUACACAAAAACCGAACUCAUAGAAAAGAGAUGCAGUAGGUUCUUUCUUCUAAACCUGAGUAUACCCAGAAGCUUCAACCGAGCUUUAAUGGCGUCUCGGCUUGUCCCUCUAAUUUUGAUCCUCAAACACAAAUGUUUAUCGCAUUUUCAAGUCUAAAUUUCAAUACCGAGCUGAGUUUUAGUACUAUGUAAGCAACAACUUGAGGUUUCAAAUCAAUAAAUUCGUUCUUCGCAAGACCAACAAUGGAAUUUCGAAAAUUCUCAAAAAACAAGCCUUUGAGUCUCCUCCCCAAAAUUCGAUUAAAGAUCCAAAUAGCGAAACACAACAACAAUAAUCAAAAUGAUCCAUUCGUCAACCUAAAGAGUCAUCGAAAACAGAACACUCUUUACCUACAAAGCUUCUUCACAACCAACACUCCACCGUUGUACCACCAAUCAACCACCAGAAAAAGAACCUGUCAUAGAAAAUGACUACCCAAAAGACCAACAUCACCCAAAACAAUCUGAAAUUUUGCUAUAUGAAAACGAAUCGAAAAUGGGUUUCACAGGCAAUCUUCUUUCACUAUUUCUUUUUCUUUUCUUUGCAAAGGCUUUCUUCCAAAGUAAGGGAAUGGGGAUGUGAGAAAAAAAUUCCCCAAAAAUUGUUGCUAAUCUAGUAGAGGUUUUGAAUCUGUGGUGGAUGCAGAUGUGAAGGGAAGGGCUGUGUUAUUAGGGGUGUUGGGUUAAAAUGGGAGAAGAGAGGUAACGUGGAGAAGGGAGGGGGGAGGGGGGGUUGGUGGGCUGCAGAACUAAGAGAAGCUGAGACGGCAUUAAAGAGCUUAGUGCCUAUAUAGGAGGAAAACAGCUGACUGCAUUUGGCGUUAACUCCAACCAUUUCUAAGAAAAAUAAUUGAAGUACGAACUCAGGGAAAUGGAGAACAAGUUGGCUAAAUGGGGUUUCAACAAUGGAGAUUUAAAGGAAAAAUCAUUGCUUUCAAUUCGAUCAGUUCUUGAAACAAUAAUGGAAAAUCUUAAAGAAGAGAAUGAGAGGAAGUCAGUCAUUCAUUUGGGCCGUGGAGACCCUUCUGCAAUUCCAUGCUUUCGAACUUCACCAGUAGCAGAAGACGCUCUUUUUAGUGCUGUUCGAUCUGCUAAAUUCAAUGGUUAUGCUCCUGCUGUUGGUAUUUAUUCAGCUAGGAGGUCGAUAGCGGAAUACAUCUCUCAUGAUAUUCCUCACCAACUAUCACCAGAUGAUGUUUUCCUUACACCUGGUGCUAAUCAUGCAAUUGAAGUUGUAAUGGCGGUCCUUGCUCGCCCUGGUGCCAACAUAUUGCUUCCUAAACCAGGGUAUCCGUUUUAUGAAGCUCGUGCUGCAGUUAGUAAUGUUGAGGUUCGCCAUUUCGACCUUCUCCCAGAAAAGGGUUGGGAGGUCGAUCUUGAAAGCCUAGAAUCCCUUGCUGAUGAUAACACUAUUGCCAUAGUUAUCAUUAAUCCUGGAAAUCCUUGUGGUAAUGUUUUUACGUCUGAACACUUGCAAGAGAUUGCGGAGACAGCGAAAAAGCUAGGUAUCCUAGUGAUUGCAGAUGAAGUCUAUAGCCACUUAUGUUUUGGUAGCAAGCCAUUUGUGCCGAUGGGAGUGUUUGGAUCAAUAACUCCAAUUUUAACUCUGGGGUCAUUGUCAAAAAGAUGGAUCAUUCCUGGUUGGCGACUUGGUUGGAUAGCAAUGGUUGAUCCUAGUGGCAUUCUUAAGAAGUCCGGGUUUGCUGAAUCCCUUCAAAGUUAUCUUGAUUACGGUGCUAAUCCUGCAACUAUUAUUCAGGGAGCAGUGCCUCACAUCCUCGAGAAGACGACCAAGGAUUUCUUUUCAAACAUCAAUAAUAUAUUAAGGGAAGCUGUUGAAGUAUUUAUUACCAAAAUUCAGGAGAUACCUUGCUUUACCUGCCCAUACAAACCAGAUGGAGCAAUGUCAGUGAUGUUUAAGUUGAACCUGUCAUUUUUGGAAGGCAUAAAUGAUGAUAUGGAUUUCUGCACUAAGCUAGUCCAUGAAGAAUCAGUAAUCAUUCUGCCAGGAAUGGUGGUGGGGCUGAAGGAUUGGCUGCGAUUAACUUUUGCUAUUGAGCCAUCCAUUCUUGAAGAAGGACUUGAGAGGAUAAAAGCUUUCUGCUUGAGGCGUUCAAGCAGCUAAAAGAAAAAUUGGUCUCAAUUUGCUAAUCUAUUGUGAAUCAAGUCUUUUAUUAUUAGUGUUGAAAUAGACUAAUGUAGAAUUUCUCCUUAAUUGACAAUUACUUUUCGUUGUUAAAAGCUACAAUCUUUGGACGUUGCACGACAAUUUGAAUUGUUUUACGUAAGGCGGAGCCAGAAUUUGAAGUAGGGUUCGAAA